CACGGUUUUGUCUUCGACAAUAUUACUUCCUUUCGAUUUUGUCGACCAAUAUAUAACAAGUAUUCAAUAUACAAACCCGAUCAGUUCACUCUGAUUUUGUGUGCUUUAGUUUAGUGGUAACUUGAACCUAACUUCAAAAUGAUUUAUCCAAAAAAACUAAUUUUUAUAACAAUUUUUUUAGUGAGUUUUUUGGUAAAUUUUUCUACAUCUGAAGAUGAUGUACAACAUGACCAUGUGAUUAUAUAUGUGCCUUACUAUAUAAAAACAUUGAAGCACACUCAUACAAUAACGAAGUAUAUACACCAAAAAGAAGAUGAUAAGAAGUACAAAGUACUUGGCUACACUGUCGGCAAACCAAUUCUCGCUCCACAUCAAGUUUUUCAAGCUGAAAGUUAUAAUCAAAAUAAUAAUAAUGAAGAUUGUUAUAAAAAUUAUGGUCAUGGUGAUAAUAAUAACAAAGAAGAAAUGGUAAAAACUUACAUGGGAUAUCUUGGAGGCGUUAAUCACUAUGCUGGACAUAAUCAAAUUAAUCACAAUGAUUUUCCAGAUAAAUUUUCUAGAUACUAA